AUGGAUCACCCACCGAAUCCUCCAAUUCAACCCAAGUUGAAAGUAGAGAGAGUACAAGGUGAUGUAGCUGGAGGACAUGCUCUAACACCUCCUCUGAAUGCUAUUCUGCUCGGAGAUGAUAUUGAGCAGGAAAUUAGAGCUUAUGCGGCCCCAGCAUUCUUUGACUUCAACCCAGUGAUUGUAGAUCCUAUUAUUGAAGCCGAUAGAUUUGAGCUAAAGCCCGCAAUGUUUCAGAUGCUUCAGAUCUUUCAUGGGCUUGCAUCAGAAGAUCCCUAUAGGCACCUACAGUAUUUCAUGCAAGUGGCAAAUUCAUCCAAGGUAGAAGAAUUCGUGAUAGAUGCCUCAUCAAACAAAGCACUAUUGUUAAAGCAUUAUGCUGAAGCCUUCGAUAUUUUAGAAGAAAUCUCGCGCAAUAAGCACCAGCGGUCAAAGUCCAGGGCCGUUUCAUCGACGACAUCUAAGGGCUUGGCAAAUGAUGAUGUGGUGGCAAAUUUAAAUUCGAAAAUUUCAAAACUAGCAGACAUUGGGAUGAAGAGCAUAUCGCACUCAGAUGCUGGAGCUUCCAAAGCUAAAGUGAACAGUAUGCAGAAUGUCUCAUGUCCAUAUUGCAAGAGGGAGCAUCAUUUUGAAGAUUGUCCAGGCAACCCACCUUCAGUGUUCUAUUUGGGUAAUCCACAGCCAAACAUGGGAAAUAAUCAACAGGCCGCUCCAAAGCAUCCAGAGACUAUGACCUUGGAGGAUAUGUUUAAAGCAUAUAUGGCAAAGAAUGAGACUUAUAUGAUGAAGAAUGAUACUACUAUUCAAAGUCUAGCUGCAUCCUUGGGGAAUAUAGACAUGAAGACAUUAACUCAUGUAGAUCCAAAUGUUCCAGCAAUCCAUAAUGUAUUAAAUCCAGAAGACGAAAGUGAGGUAGACAGGACAUCUAUAACCAUGAUAGUUAGAAAAACAAUGACAAACAUCACAAAGUUAGUGAACAGUAGUGAGCAAAUAGUGGAACCACAAGGCAACACAAGCGAAGAGGUCAACCCAAUUUUCAGGACAGUCAACGUUGGAUCAUUCGUGCCCAAAGAAUAUACCCCUAUGCCUCCAUAUCCCAAAAGGUUGCAGAAAAGGAACCAAGACACUCAAUUUAGAAAGUUCUUGGAUGUGAUGAAGCAAUUGCGUAUCAAUAUUCCACUAGUGGAAGCGCUAAAGCAGAUGCCUACAUAUGUGCGGUUCUUGAAGGAUAUUCUCACAAAGAAGCAUAGGUUGGAUGAGUUCGAUAUGGUAUGUUUAACCAAGGAAUGCAGUACAAUCUUAUCCAGCAAGAUACUCGAGAAAAUGAAAUACCCAGGAAGCUUCACGAUACCAAUUGCAAUCGGAGAUCAAAAGAUUGGGCAAGCACUAUGCGAUCGGGAGCAAGCAUCAAUUUGA